AUGAAACCCCUGUCCUUUCCAUUGGACCUGGUUGCCUUGAUCUCAGUUCAUUUGGUAGACCGUUCAAAUAAACCUGCAGAACUGUUCCAACUUUCUUCCGGGCCUGAGAGAUUUUUCGUGGGGAGGGUCGCAGUGUCAGAGAAAAAGCAGCUUGUAGGCUUGGGUCUCUUGGAGGAGGAUGAGGAGUUCAAGGAGUUCCCUGCGGAAGAGUGGGCUGGUUUAGGUGAAGACGAAGAUUCAGAUGCACAUGUCUCGGAGGAUAAUUGGGAUGAUGACAGUGUAGAGGAUGACUUCUCCAAUCAGUUACAACCUGAACUAGACAAACAUGGUUAUAAGAUGGAGACCUUGUAGCAUCCAGAAGUGUUGAAGCAACCUAAACUUGAACUGUCUACUAAAUUCUAGGACACAGAACCCAGGAUGGAACACUUACAAAAAUAUGUUUAUUUCAUUACCUGCUUGGAUUUUUGUGUGUGUUUGUAUCACAUCUUAAAAAAAAGGAGAAAAAUAUUCUGGGGGAAUUUUGAAAAUAACUUUUAUUACUUGCCACAUUGAUACUGGUUUGAUAAUUAUGCUUGUUUUUUUGUAAAGAUUCACUAA